AACUAUGUUGUUGCUGGAGAUCAAUGAAGCCAAGUGAAUGGGGGCUGAGUGUGCGAAUCCACACUGAGGCGGAGCGCCAGAUGGUGGAGGGCUACACUUAUUAAUGAAACUGUCUUGAGUUCUUCUUGAAUUGCCAGUUUUCAGCCUCCUCAUGCCUCCGUCUCCUUUAGACGACAGGGUAGUAGUGGCACUGUCUAGGCCCGUCCGGCCUCAGGAUCUCAACCUUUGUUUAGACUCUAGCUACCUUGGCUCUGCCGCCCCGGGCAGUAACAGCCAUCCUCCUGUGGUCGCCACCGCCGUUGUGUCCCUAAAGGCUGCGAAUCUGACGUAUAUGCCCUCAUCCAGCGGCUCUGCCCGCUCCCUGAAUUGUGGAUGCAGCAGUGCCAGCUGCUGCACUGUGGCAACCUACGACAAGGACAGUCAGGCCCAAACCCAAGCCACUGCCGCUGGCUCUGCCACCACUGCCAUCGGAACCUCUAGCACCUGCCCUGCCACCCAGAUGGUCAACAACAAUGAGAAUGCAGGCUCUCUAAGUCCAUCAGGUGGGCUGGGCAGCCCUGUGUCAGGGACCCCCAAGCAGCUAGCCAGCAUCAAAAUAAUCUACCCCAAUGACUUGGCGAAGAAGAUGACCAAAUGCAGCAAGAGUCACCUGCCGAGCCAGGGCCCUGUCAUCAUUGACUGCAGGCCCUUCAUGGAGUACAACAAGAGUCACAUCCAAGGAGCUGUCCACAUUAACUGUGCCGAUAAGAUCAGCCGGCGGAGACUACAGCAGGGCAAAAUCACUGUCCUAGACUUGAUUUCCUGUAGGGAAGGCAAGGAUUCUUUCAAGAGGAUCUUUUCCAAAGAAAUUAUAGUUUAUGAUGAGAAUACCAAUGAGCCAAGCCGAGUGAUGCCUUCCCAGCCACUUCACAUAGUCCUCGAGUCUUUGAAGAGAGAAGGCAAAGAACCUCUGGUGUUGAAAGGUGGACUUAGCAGUUUUAAGCAGAACCAUGAAAACCUCUGUGACAACUCCCUCCAGCUCCAGGAGUGCCGGGAGGUGGGGGGCGGCGCGUCCGCGGCCUCGAGCGUGCUACCUCAGCCCCUGCCCACCACCCCCGACAUCGAAAACGCCGAGCUGACGCCCAUCCUGCCCUUCCUGUUCCUCGGCAACGAGCAGGACGCGCAGGACCUGGACACCAUGCAGCGGCUGAACAUCGGCUACGUCAUCAACGUCACCACGCACCUGCCCCUCUACCACUACGAGAAAGGCCUGUUCAACUACAAGCGGCUGCCGGCCACCGACAGCAACAAGCAGAACCUGCGGCAGUACUUUGAAGAGGCGUUCGAGUUCAUCGAGGAAGCUCACCAGUGCGGGAAGGGGCUUCUCAUUCACUGCCAGGCGGGGGUGUCCCGCUCUGCCACCAUCGUCAUCGCUUACUUGAUGAAGCACACUCGGAUGACCAUGACUGAUGCUUACAAAUUUGUCAAAGGCAAACGACCAAUUAUUUCCCCAAAUCUCAACUUCAUGGGGCAAUUGCUGGAGUUUGAGGAAGACCUAAACAACGGGGUGACCCCGCGGAUCCUUACACCGAAGCUGAUGGGCGUGGAAACAGCUGUGUGACAACGGUCUGGAUGGGAAGGGUCACUGUUCUCCGUCAGGAGACAAGAAGAAAGGAGAACAGGAGAACGGACUCUUUCUUUGCUUUUCCUCCCCUCCUCCCCUCUUUAAAGAUGGGGGGGUGGUGAAGUUUGUGAACGGCAACAAACUCGUUUAGAAUCUUUUUACUUUUAACAAGUGUGAGAAGAGUUUAACUUUUGACACCCCAUUGAGAUUGACUUCCCAGGAACUGAUAAAGCAGGGAUGCUAAAGAAGUCAUUUCUUUCUUUUUUUUUUUUAAAGCCAACAAUAAACACAUAAUAAAACUGGUUUCUCCCCCUUUUCCUUUGAAGCUAUUUGUAGAGUUUAUGAUUAUAUAGUCUGUGCAGGUUCAUAGACCGAAUAUACUACACUUUAAACCAAUUUAAAAGAACCAAAAGUAAGUAGAGAAGACAUUGGAUCAUGAAGACCUGGGAUCUCCCUGGGCCCAUUCAUGUAGAAAACAGAAACCCAACCAAACCAGGUUCAACCCUGCUCGCUGGUGCCAAGCACAGGCAGGGCAGCUUCAGUGGUCUACGAACCCUUCACGUUCUUGAAAGAGACAAAGGAGACUGUUGGUUUUGUGUGUUUCAUACUCUGAAUGAUUAUAUUUUUCCCCUUUCUGGGUUUAUGAGAUCUUUUUGAACUAGCGAGGAACUGACCAUUCUACCUUAUGCCUUCACUGUGUAAUACUAGGGUGUUUUGAGUGUGCAAGCAAGUUAGAUUGGGCAGCCAGAUGUCAGGCAAAUCUGCCAGCUUGGAGCUAAACAAGAAUUCAAUGAAACCAAUUACUUUUCUUCCCACCUUUUUCCUUUGUUUAAUUUUUUUUUGGAUUUGACUCUGAUUACAGUGCCAUAAACCUUGUUACAUAUGUAUAUCAGAAUGUUAAAAAAAAAAAAAAAGACAAAAAUUUAUUUAAAAAUAUUUUUCUCAAAAAAAAAAAAGCUGGGUGUGUUUCUGUUGAUUGUGUAAAAAUUUAUUUUCAUUAUAUAAAUGAAACU